GAGCGCUGUGUUUAACCAAGCGCUCUAGAGCUCCCCCAUUCGUCCUUUCAAAAUUUGACGCACCAUUUGACUUUGACUCCUUCUUAAUGAUUUAAAGGCGUUCUGGUGAUUACAUAAGUUAGAUUAUAUGGUUUGACGGGAAGUUAGGGGGAGACGCGAACGUAAAACAGCUUCGCCUACAAAGGAAUGAAAAAAAAAAAAAAUACGCCAAGCGCAGUUAAAUUCAUUGAUUUUGAAGAAGUUCCGAUAACCGUUUCGCCGCAGCAAGUGGUCACCGACUAAAGUCUAGGGCCGGUGAGGUCCUAAUGCCGGCAAACUUACCGAGAUGGCGCCAGCCAUCGUGGUGCUCCGAGGGGAAACCUGCGUGCGACGCUGGGUGCGCUCGAUUCGGGGCGCGCUUUUUGCCGGUGCCCGAGUGGCACGCGGACGGCCAGUCGACGCGAGAGGUCCGCCGGCAGCGGACGCACGGUCACCGGAGGCUCGCGCCACCGCCCGUGCAGCAGCAGCAGCAACACACGUGCUCGUGCCACUGAACGACAGCCGGAAGUGCCGCGCGACCAGCGGCGGCCACCCGUAAGCCGAGGGUCAUCGCGAGACCACAGAGCGAGCCAUGGGCAAGAAGAACAGCAAGCUCAAGAAAGAGGUCGUCAACCAGCUCGUCAAUGAGACCUACUUUACCGAAAAAGAAAUUCGACAGUGGUACAAGGGAUUUGUGAAAGACUGUCCUUCAGGGCAUCUUACUGAGCAGGGAUUCCUGAGGAUAUACAAGCUCUUCUUCCCCCAAGGAGACCCUUCUAAGUUUACUUCGCUCAUUUUCCGGGUCUUCGACGAGAACAAGGAUGGUGCUAUCGAGUUUGAAGAGUUCAUCAGAGCGCUGUCGGUGACGUCGAGAGGGAACGUAGAAGAGAAGUUAGACUGGGCGUUUAGACUGUAUGACGUGGACAGCGACGGCUUCAUCACACGAGAAGAGAUGUACAACAUCGUCGACGCCAUUUACCAGAUGCUGGGAAACCAAGCGAAGGAAAACGCCGAGGAGUCUCCCCGGGAGAGGGUGGACAAAAUAUUCGAACAACUGGACAAGAACCACGACAACCAGCUGACCCUGGACGAGUUCAAGGAAGGCUCGAAGCAGGACCCCAAGAUCGUGCAGGCCCUGUCUCUGUAUUCUGCUUGAACGGCCGCUUCCUUAUCUCACUCGCUCUCCCCUUGGGCCUACGCACGAAGAAGACGACUACGACAACCAGAAGCAGCAGCUAUACUAACUUGCCCUCGGAGAGCCGCCUUGCACCCUGCUCUACCUUUUACCCCUACGCUGUUCCUGUUCCCCGUACCUUCUUCUUCACUCCUUUCUUUCAUCUGGCCUCGUCUUUCCUAUGCGUUGUGCCGAGGGCUGGGUUUCCUUUUGCGAACGGUAAACGACGGGCGACGGAGUGUAGACAGCUGCCUCCCGACGGCCGCAGCACUGACGGCGCUGGGCGGUGCCACUGAAAUGCGAAUCCGACCGAAACGCCCCGGGCGGCAGCACAGCCCCCGAGCGUUGAACGACCCCGUGCAGUCGAUGCUGAUGGGCGGAUGGAGGGCGUCCGUGUCAUAUCUUCGUUCGAUGAAACAGGCGCGCCGUGAGAACCACAAAACGACAGCAGAACCCCUGCUCGUCUCUCCUCUCGGCCCUGCAAUCACUCCUCAAUUUUCAUCUCACAUCCGCGUGAAUAAGUUGAUUCUUAGCUCAUCUCUGCAUACAGCGAAAGGAGAAAUCGUAUACACAUUCUCCGUCCCCCCUGCUUCAUUUAUAUCCUUCACUAGCGGCAUGCUCAAGCGGCGCACUUAGGCCUAUAAUAACGUUCUGCGAUACCUGUCACGUCGCGCUGUUUUUUCUUAUCUGCCAAAGAAGCCCUUUCUUUUCUUCGUCUUGCAGUACCCAACCGCAUGAAUCUGGCAACGAUAAAGCGUAUCAGAACGAAAACUGAGUAAAUUGUCCGUAAAGAUAGGGUUAGAACCAACAAAAUCGAACUGCAUGUCACGUCGACGCUUCCACGGCUGUCGUCGUCGCCUUUUACAACUCUUAGCAAAAAGCCAUGACUCAGCCGCUUGUUGACUUGGUAUGUGCAAGAACCGUUGUGUUCAGUGACUUCCUGAAUAAUUGCAAAUUUUUCUUUCAUUAUACAGGUAUACUAGGUUCGGUGCAAGUUUUUUCAGCUCGUUUCUUUCGUACUUUCAGUUACUUAUUCGCCUUCGCACCAGCCUAUACAGCAGCACUCAACAUUUUGUAUUUUUUUUAAUAUGAUAUUAACACUAGUUUUUUUGCUGCAGUAAUGAAAACAUAAUGAAGGAAAACUACAUCUAGUGGUUCCAAAAUGCCUGAUUCUCAGCAAUACAACAAUCUGUACAGGCACAAUGGAGCUUUGCAGCGACUGGCUAAGAACACUUCAAAAUUCACGCUCGCUAUAAAAGACUCAACAGCGUCCUUCUAACGCAGACCAAGGGCAAUUAAUAUUUACGUGGAAAACAUACGUCCCAAAAAACUCCUGGCUGGCUCUCUACAAACUGCUGCCCUCUCUUGAGAAACUGCUGGGAAAGUUUGUGGAAGCAUACCGAUGGUGGCUAACUGCAAAAACAAGCGAUGCUCCCAAUUAGUGUAGCUGUACUAUAGAGAAAAAAGGCCGCUUUCUCGUCAUUAAUUUGCUGCGCCUGUCCUCCGGCUUGACCGCCGAGUAACCUAUUCAAGGACUUCGUACACAUGAGAAUCCUCCUUUGGGAUGCACGCAAAGCGAAAGGCGCAUUUGUCACUACCCUUCGGAGGAGUGCAUGGCUUGCACUUUGCCCACGGCGGUGUGCGCUUCACUUUACUAAACACAUUUUCGUCCUCAAGCUGGCGGCAAGCACACCCAAUUUUAUUUGGCCACCACACUGCUCGCCGUCUUUAAAAUCAUAUUUCUUAAAUUAUGUUUCUCAGUCUCUAUAAAGAAUUAUAGAGAAUGAGAAAAGGUCAGAGAGCGCACAAAAUAAGAAAGAAAGAGGUAGAACAAACAAAAAUUAAGAAAAGAUGAGAAAGACAGGAAUAGAAUGAGAUCGAAAAAACGAAUGAAAGGCAGAACGAGAUAAAAGAAAAAGGUGAAAAAAAAGAAGGGCAAGGUUACAAAGAAAGGAAGAGAGAAAGGAAGAACGAAUUAAACGGCUAUAUAAUAAAGAAGAGAAAUAGAGCGAGAACAGACAAUGAAGUGAUGAAAGAGAUAAAGAAAGCGAGAACGCCCGAAAUAAACGAGAAAAGAAAUAUAUAAAUACGACACAGAAAGAAGUAGAUAGAAAUGAAACGAAAGGAGACAGGAAAGGAUAAGAAAAAAAAAAGGGAGACAAACAACUAGAUAAGGGAGAGAAGAAUAAAUAUAGAUAGAAAUAAAUAAAGGUAAAUUAGAUACAAAAAGAGAGACGAAAAACAUUAUAAAUGAUGUGAUAAGGAAAGAAAGAUAAAAAACAUGACAGUAAUAACGGGGAAAUAAGAAUGGAAAAGGGGGAGAGAAAAGACGAGAGAAAGAAAACAGAUCAAGGAAAGCGACAAAGGAGCGAGAAAUGAAGAAGUAAAGAAAGAUAGAGAAUGACAGAGAGAACGAAAUAAUGAAAGAACAAAAAAAGACGAAGUGAACGAGAAACAAUAAUGAGUGGGAAAAAGAAAGAAAUAAUGAAAGAAAAAGAAACAAAACAAAGCUGGACAGCAAACUACGAUGAACGCGCGCAUGGCGGCAACGCGUGUAAAAAAAAGGCUCAUUAUAUCUGCUGAGAUUACCGGCUUCGGCGCUACAAACCGCGGUGCAAUUAACGUAACGACUCUUAGUCGAUGACUUGACGGAACGGCUGCAUUUCUCUUUCCUCUCGCUUAGCUGCUUAUUCAACCUUAUUACUGUCUGUCGGCCUUGUUAAAGGUGCAGUCGCGAUUGUUUUCGUGCUGCGCAUUAUUUCGUGCUGCGCAUUUCGCUUUGUUUUUGCCCUUUCAUAAUGCGGGACUGUCCAAUUACCGCGCGUCGCCGAUACCUCACAUCCACACAGUGUCAUUCAUUUUGUUUGUGCGCGCAGAAUCAAAGCUCAGUUCUGCGUGCUGUUGAGCAGAUACGAUGCGCCUGCUUAUUCUGACUCCUCUAACAAAGCAGCGCUCAGCACACCGAGCUCAAAUAAUUGCUUAACACAUGUCGAACAUUGAUGUCCUUCAUUUAUAUUUUACUGGCUGAGCGGCGACACAUGCCUUUACCGGUAUACGAGUAAGUUUCGUUUUCAUUUUCUUCGGAGACCACCAUUGUGUUGUAUAAAAUUGAUCGUUGUUCAUUUGUGACUUUGACGUUUUCGCUAAAGCCAUCACAACUAGACUUUAGGAAGCAGUUUUCAAACCUCAACGUACUGUUUUUUUUUUCAUUAUUUACAAACAUCGGUGUAAUCAAACUCAUCGAUCACUAUUUUCUUUUAGAAACAAAACAGGCGCGACAGCCACCCUUAAAUCAAGCGGCAAGUAUACAUUCUAAAAACAGUUGCACCCUUUGGGGUGUAUAUUUGCCUCACAACAAUAAUCGUCAUCUGCCUUGCUUGCGUUUCCUUUCUUGAAAACGCUACGCUCACUACUGCCCUGUCGAGAAUGCUCUGUCAUGCUGAUAACGCGCAUGCCGUUCAUGACUUGGAAGUACCGGGCUUGCAGCGUUAAAGAAAAGAAAUGCGGGCAAGACAGGUCACGAUUAUUGUUGCGUGGCAAUGUACACCCCAAAGGGUCCAACUGUGCUUGGAGUGUAAAACCAAAAGUCGCCGAGAUUAAAACCGCACUUAAUCGCUCCAGGUAAAUCAGCUACUCGCUACCCUUCAGAACACAUGUGACGACUGCUCACGCACGACCGCCUACGUCGAAAAGCCAAAGACACCGGCUUAGAAAGCAGAAACGGGCAAACGUUGUGACGGCCGUCAGUGCUGUCUCCGUCAGGAGUGGACCUCGCUCUCCGCAGAGAGACAAUCGUUAGUGCUACCCUUGUAGUCGCGCUACGCGUGCUCACACGUAUAUAGCCCCGGUGUACUACGUGCGCGUGCGUAGCUUCGCUACGCUUGCGGCCGCGUACGUAGACGACGACCUGCGGCCCGCUUUCGCCAGUGGAGACCGCACGGGCGCUGCGCGUCGUGUAGCGCGCUCCUUUCCGCUGCGUCACUGCGGCCGCUCGGCUCGCCGGCAGCGCCUCCGUAGUGCGCGCUUAUGAGCGGCAGCCCCGUCGGGCGUCACCAGAUCCGCCUGUAGGGCAGCCACGUGUACCGUAGAUCCCCGUCGGCACGCACCGUAGGGCGCCAGCUUCGCCGCGCGCUUGGUGCGCAGUGCAGGCACGGAGACAGAACGAGAUAGAGAGACGGGCCGCAGGCUCAUCGCCUCCCCUCUCAGAGGCCUGCUGGCCACGCUCUGGAAGGGCUGGAAUCGGCAAAAAACUGACACGGCGUGCGCAAGUAAAUGAGAAAAUAUGCGAGAACGGAGGGAAGGGGACGCUCUUCGCUUCCGGUACGAAAGUGGCGACUGGAGGGUUUGACGGAGACGAACCCAGUUGGCACUUGCACCGGCCUGACGGGUCCCCGUCUCCUGUUUUCCCACAUUUCUUGCUCAAAGUUGAAUUUUUUGUCACGGCGACAACUGAGGAGCAGGAGGAGGCACGUGCACCGAAUAUAGGACUCCCUCUGAUGUUGUUCGUUGGAGAUGUAUGCUUGCGUGCGGAUUCUUGAACUUGUUUCCGUCACCCAUGCUGCUCACUUCAGCGUGUCACGCAUAUUCCUACCGCGGACACUCCUACCUUGCGUCUAACUAGAGGUUUUUAUCUAGAGUGAGCUUUUUUUAAAUUUUGUUAUUGUUGUUGUUGUCCGAGGUAGAGAGGUGGGAGUCAGUAAAAGUGCAGCAAUGUCUCCUUCUCUGCACAAGCAUUGCCGAUUGAAACGAUUUUUUUUAAUUGUCCUACAGGAUGUCAUGUUUCAGGCUGGGCCAGCAUAGUUUUGACAGACGUUUCAUCUCAAUGCCUGACGUCCCUCUUUCAAUCUCUCGACCUCUCUGCGCUCUCUGGUCCGACCGUUAGGAUCACGCGUCUGUCAGCAGGGCAAUACGCCUUUGUUUGCGGGAAAGGGACGUUUUCGUGUUUUCGAAUUCGUAUGUAGAGCUGACAUCAGAUGGUAAAGAAAUGAAAGAAUGCAAAUAAUUUCGAAAGGCGUAUAUUGAAGGCUUUCCUUUUUUUUACAAAACUCUAAAAGCUUCGAUCAGCCGAGACUCCACCGUCGUCCUUCGUUAUGCAUAUGGUAGCACGCGGUGAAUAUAAAUUCCUUGUAUAGGCCAGGAAAUUGCGUUUUGUGAAAACAGAGUACAUUUUAAGAGCCUAUAAUAUAAUAUAAUAUAAUAUAAUAUAAUAUAAUAUAAUAUAAUAUAAUAUAAUAUAACAUAAUAUCUACUUCUAUUCUGCGCUCAACCCUGAGGAGCACAAUUAAACCGGGAAACGCAUAAUAAAUAAAGGAACAAAAGAAACAUUCGCCAUGACAAUUCUCUUGGCUAGAAAUAGACAAGUUAACAAUGCGGUUACAGGACGGCUCAAAAAGCACAAUAUGACCGUACGAGCAGAGUAGGAAGCGAACCGCACCAGUGCACUUUCGAUCGUCGUUCGCGCCUUAUGACGUCAGUUGUUUUCUUCGAUACGGCGUCGCGUUUGAGCGCGCUGCAAUGAGUGAAAACACGAUGAGUUGUUAAGAGUGCGCCUGCGGCCCAUUGAUAAAGCCAGCCAGACAUUUUCUUUGCCAGGCGCAUUGCACUCGAGGGGCCUCUCAGGGAACGAAAACGGCUCGACAAAGGCGGGUAUUACAACUGCGUCGACUAAACAGAAAAUAAUACAAUACAAGUAUAAUAAAUAAAGGCGGGCGAAGGCAGCAAAUUCCCACCGAGGUCCCCGCAGGAGUAAAACCUACAAAAUAGUCCCCUGAGUUCGCAAUAAUUCUCCGCAAACGAGGCAACAUCCAACACAUUACUUCGUUUCUGAAGCCCACCAUGGCUCCGUUUAUGAUGGGCCGUGUUACCCACACUUUCUCUCGUCUUCCGUAAAGCUUCGCUGUUGCAAGCGCCGCGAGGUUGUCCUUCUUAUUCUUUCUCUUUUGUUCUUUUCUUUUUUCAAUGCUGCGUGCUAACUUCCCUCUUUACAAGCGUCAUUAUUAUCUGUUCAUUGCCUUUUUUUGUUCUUUAAAGCAACAGUGAAGCAGAAAUUUAUCUUUUGCCUCAUGGCUCACGUUCUUGCUUUCCCAUUACGACUGAGUUUGCUGCGUCAGCGUUCUCAUAGCCCCAAAUGCAGAUUGUUUGCCGUCGCCUUCUCAAUAAUAAAAAAAAAAAAAUACAAUGCCUUUGUUAACCGUCGAUGACCAAAGAACUCGCAACGUUGCGUAUUCACCAGGCCAGCCCGUAUUUGUCGAGUCUCGGCGGCUGCGUGCACGUGCAGAAGAAACAAUGAUGGCAAUGAAGCGACGUUAUUCGCGCUUCAGCAUCAAAACAUGCGUAUGCGCCUUAGCUUACGCGACGCGUAAAGCAAUAGCGGCUCCACUAAACCAAUGAGAAGGUUAUCUGCGCUCUGUCAUAGAGCUGAGGCGAGAAACAUCGUCUUUACCGAUGGAAAGCACCUGAGCCGACAUCGUUAAGUCGUGUCCGCCAAACUGCUUCAAGUAGCGUGGCCGUGCGCAUCACAUACAAACUUUACAAGGACAUUACGCAGGCGAAAAACGCAAAAGCAAAUAAGAUUGUGAGACAACAGUUUGUGCAAUGUCUAGAGGGUCAUCUGCGCAGUAAGCAGGUGGCCUACUACGAACGGGGAAAUCACAACGCGCCUCUCACUUUACUGUUAUUUUUUCCUCAAGGCGGGUCACCUGUUGAGAAAGGAUGGCCCACGGGGUGUUCGUGAAAAAAGAAAGAAAGAUCAGAGAGAGAGAGAGACAGAGAGACAGAGAGAUUGUCAAAGUGGAAUCUGUUGUGCCCUGUAACAAGCGUAGAAAGAGAGAGAAGCCGAUGAGCCUGUGGCCCUCGUAGCGACAAAAAGAAAAAAAAAAGGAAAAAAGAAAUGAAAAGAGCUGAAGCUGUGACACAGCUCCGUCCUCCUGUGAGCCAAAGGAGCUGAGAGUGCACAGCCCUCCCUAUAGAACCGCGCUCCGCGCUCAGUGCUUCAGAGCCAACAACCCGAAACCACCCACUUAUAGUUUUCCUGGCCGUUCACCCAUUGCACGCGUUUGUACCUUUAGGCCAAGAUACUCACAGGUGUUGCGGUCUCAGAAAUGGACGCCGGGAAACGGCUGACAUAGAUAUUACGAACGAAGGCACCGUUUCCCACAGUGAUGGGGGAACCUUUCGUGGUUAGAGCAUACGACUUCUUUUUGUCAUUGCUAUUUCUUGUGUUUGCAUGCCAAGUCAACUUUCACCAACAAUUGUUGAUUGACAUGGCCUAGGUGUAGAUAUGCAUAUGUUUGACCCUUGGGAGCAUAGAACUAGGGGGAGAAAACGAAAAAAAAAACGGCGUUUUGGACUGUAAAUUUAUGACACGGAAAAGUUUGGCCUGUUGUGCACUAUAUAAUGAAGAAGAAUUCCCUUAUUUUAUCUAGAAUACUCUGACAAUUUUCUUCAAAAAUCAUCUUCCCGGCUCUUUUACUAAACUGAUCAUGCUAAGUCAUUAAACACUGAGCGCAUCAUGAAGCCAAAUGUUAUUAUUCGUUGCUGCAAUCAUUCCAUGCCUGAUAGCAGCUUCUGCUGAGGAGCUUCAAACUAGUGGACACAACGUAGCUAAUAUAUGAAGAGCCAUUUCAGCCAAGUCAUCAAAAAAGCGGCAGAAUUAGCCUCUACAAGAAGUUAGCCAUUAUUGUAACUGCCAAUGUAUACAAGAUUGGUGUCUCGAAGUCGUAAAACAUUGUACACAUUGAGGAACGGGACAUUUGCAGUGCUCCUCGAGUGUCAUAGAUGAGCCUCCCGUUUUAUUGUGCCUACUUGCCUGAUCUAAGUACCUUGAGUCUAGUUUGUAAAUAUUUAAAUGUGAUUAAUAUCACUAUAUACAUUACGAAUCUAACUGCAUGCAUCAAACAGAGAUGGCAUAAAAGAUUAAAUCGCUGAUGCGAAAGAAAAAACAAUGCAUUAUUGCGAACACAUUGUACAGACCUCGGAAAAGUUGGCUAUCGCAUGCCCUGAUUAAACUUUAGGCGCACUUUUUGAAAGUUAUUAUGAAGUGAUAACUGUGCUGGUGAAUCUCUGCUGCCUUGGAUGCGCGGUAUUGUGUAAGGUUGAAGCUUGCGCGGCGUGUUCGUCGCGUCUGUAUGGAGUAUGUUCUACUGUACGAAAGAGGGUAUGACCACUUCACAUUGUUUGAGAGUUCGCCAUUGUGAAUGCAGGUACUACGCAGUUUCCUCUGUCAUGAUGUACUGAUCCUAAGCAUAUGUACAGCCAAGUGAACAAUGAGACACGUCCAUACAUAUUGCCCGCAUAUAGGAAAAACGCCGAUUCAUGUAACGCAGACAUGCGUGCGAAAGCAUAAAAAACAAAAAUAAAGAAACAAAAUCAAUCUAUCUCGUUAAUACCUGCAUGUUUGCGAAGUUAGAACAGCUACUCACAUAUCUGCUAGUUCUAAUUGAAUAUGUCUCACGGGAUCUUCCGUGUGAUGUAUGGUUCAUAUCAUGUGAUGCCACGCAAGAAACCUACCUAGGGGCGUGGUUUACGGUUCAGUUUCCUGGGCAUCAGAUAUUCUUAAUCGGAGAUGAUAUUUUGUCGGCAUGCUACAGACAACGCAUUUUUUCCCGCCGUUAACCUAAAAAUUGUACUGCGAGCUUUGUCCUCCGGGUGCUUCGUCUCUUUGCUGAUGCGCUCCAUGUUUUUGUGACAUCAGAGAUAUAAAAAUGUUGGUGUUUGUUCACUCAUGGUACACACAACAUCGUCUUUCAGGCAAGACACUUAUCUACAGCCGUCUAUUUCGCACCACUAUUUAAGAAUAUGCACAGAAUCCAGCAGCCGUCUGAAAAAGAAUUCUAUAGAAUUGCGCGCAAAACAAAAGAGUCGCGUAAAUAAUGCUAUUUAUUUUUGUUUUGGCUGAUUGUGAUAUUUAUUCCCCCUCCUAACAAAAUAAAGACGCCUCAAGUCAUUCAUCCACUGCUCUUUGUAGAGUGUACUAACCACGGUAGUUAGCGUGACUAUCUCAACGCUGACCCCCGUUCUCCCCUGUGAUCUGAGAGUCCUCACUUGUGAGAAAUAAACGAUUGUACAAACCUAA